UAAGAACACGUUCGUCUACCUCAAUGGACCAGAACACAGGGCACGAGGACGCGUCCAAUAACCAACUAGACUACCUGGCCUUAUUAAACAUCAACAAGUUUUAACACAGUUUGGCGAAGAGGAGUGUUGGUGCGUUAUUUAUUCAAGUUGUUCUGCCUAGUGCGACAGUCUAAGUUAGUUAAGCUUGCUUUAGCUAGCGCGUGUUUGUAUGCACAUUGCAGUCAUUAGGGCCCUAAUAAGACGGCUUGUUUUGUGAACUCUGUUCCUUCUCGUUGGAGUAUUGUUUAGUAGUGUUUGUUGGUGGUUGAUUUCGUGGACCUGCUGGACAGAUAUGGGAGAGGCCAGUCCUAGGCCAACCAUGCCGGGUGAGAAAAAAAAUAAACAGUCCUCGUACAAAGUACAUCAAGAACCGGUGAACGACUUGAGCCGUCAGUCGAUUCAGACAACUGAUGGAGCACGAAUAUCUCGUCUAUGCCCUGACAAUAAACUAGUUAGUGUUUAUCAAGAAGAUGUUACUACACUGUAUGAAGGUUUCCAAAAAGGAGUCCGUAGUUCAGGAGACAAGCCUUGCCUGGGCUGGAAACCUUCCCCAGACAAACCUUAUCAAUGGUUAACAUAUAAUGAGGUCAAUGAAAGAGUCACAGCCUUUGGUUCUGGACUGGUUUCUCUUGGUUUAAAGCCUCAAAAUGAGACACGAGUUGGAAUAUAUUCACAGAACAGACCUGAGUACACUAUAGCAGAUCAGGGAUUUUUCAGACAUUCAAUCUGUGGUGUGCCCUUGUAUGAUACACUUGGAGAAGAAGCAUGUAAUUUUAUUAUAAAUCAAGCUGAACUCUCCACAAUUAUAUGUGACAACAAUGCAAAAGUUACAGCAUUACUUGAUAGACGGAAAAAGUUUCCUGUUUUAACACGGAUUAUUUUAAUGGAAAAAAUUACAGAAGAAAAUAAGACAAGAGCAGCUCAUGAUGGAGUUCAUUUAAUACAGUUUGAAGAUGUUGAGAAAUUGGGCAGAGAAAACCCAGUUGAAGCUAAACCCCCCAAACCCAGUGAUUUGUGUAUGGUUUGUUAUACAAGUGGCACAACAGGUACACCUAAAGGAGCUAUGUUGAGUCAUGCCAAUAUGAUUGCAUGUAUUUCUGGAGCUUUGUUAUUCUUGGAAAAAUGUGGGAUAAUACUGAACCAUGAGGAUUCAUUGAUUUCCUACCUACCACUUGCACAUUCCUAUGAAAGGAUCAUUGAGGCCUGCAUCUUAAUAGUAGGUGCUCGUAUUGGAUUUUUCCAAGGUGAUGUCAGAAAAUUAAUGGAUGACAUCAAAGAACUCAAACCUACCCUCUUUCCAUCUGUGCCUAGAUUGUUGAAUAGGUUUUAUGAUAAGGUAUUAUCCGGUGUGAAUUCCAGCAAACUCAAGAAGUUCUUGUUUGAUCUGGCUAUGAGCAGUAAAAGUAAAGAACUGAAACGGGGAGUGAUAAGAAACAACAGCAUAUGGGAUAAAAUUGUUUUCCGAAAUGUACAAGCAGCUCUAGGUGGUCGUGUGCGUCUCAUAACUACAGGAUCAGCCCCCAUCUCUGGGACUGUGUUAAGUUUCUUGAGGUGCAUAGUGGGUUGUCCUAUUCUUGAAGGCUAUGGACAAACAGAAAAUUCAGCUGUCUGUACACUGACAAUAGUUGGUGACCCAGAUUCUGGCCAUGUUGGACCACCAUUACCAUGUACUAUGAUUAAGCUAGCAGAUGUUCCAGAAAUGGAUUACUAUUCUAAUAACAACAAGGGAGAGGUAUGUUUGAAGGGAGGCAACAUAUUUUUGGGUUAUUUGAAUGACCCUGUAAAAACCAAAGAAGCUUUAGAUGAUGAUGGCUGGCUUCAUACAGGAGAUGUUGGAGAGUGGGCUGCUAAUGGUACACUGAAAAUAAUAGACAGGAAAAAAAAUAUCCUGAAACUUGCCCAGGGAGAAUAUGUUGCACCAGAAAAGAUUGAAAAUGUUCUUGUCCAAUCACCAUAUAUUGCUCAAAUUUAUGUACAUGGUGACAGUUUACAGGCGUUUUUGGUGGGGAUUGUAAUUCCAGACCCAGAAACAUUUCCAGCUUUAUGUAGUAAGCUUGGCUUCAAUGGUAGUAUAAAGGAGCUCAUUCAAAUCAAGGAAGUGAAACAGGCAAUUUUAAAAGAUUUAACAGAUUUGGGAAAGAAAAGUGGUUUAUCAUCACUUGAAAUAGUGAAAGAUAUUCACAUACACCCUGAACUUUUCUCUGUUGAAAAUGGAAUGUUAACUCCCACUUUCAAAACAAAACGCCAGGAUGUUUCUAAAUACUUUGCUAAUGAGAUAAAAGAAAUGUAUGAUCAUGCAAUGGAAAAUAACAAAGUAUAAAACCUGAUCAAUAUGUUAACGAUAUUAAAAAUUGUGCUUUAUAUCAGAAAAACAUCAAUUUAUCCAGUCUGAUCAUAUUUUUUUUUUGUUUGGCGCUUAAUUCCUUAUAAGCCAUAGAGUGACGAUUACAAUUAUAUCAAUAUACAUGAAAAUGACGGAGCUAAUAUGUGGUCCUUAAGUUUUGAUUGUGAAUGUUAUUAAUGAAGAUAAAGUGGCAGCAAAUGUAGGUAAAAGUGAUGUGCAUUGUAAAAUGGGCACAUACUUCUGCAACACAGAAUAUUUAUAAGAUAAUAUUGUGUUGUGCCAUUUAUUUAUUUAAACAAUCAGUUUGAGUUUGGGUGUACACUGCCAAGAUAGACUGCAUGUAAAUUCUUUAUGAAAUGUGAUUGCUUGAAUGGGAAUCUUGUAUGAUUGUAUUAUGUUUUCAUCAGUUUGUGAGAUAAUGACAGGCAUUUGCUGAAGUACACAGUAAUUUGUAUGAUUGUAUUUUGUUUUCAACAGUUUGUGAGAUAAUGACAGGCAUUUGCUGAAAUACACAAUAAUUUGUAUGAUUGUAUUUUGUUUUCACUAGUUUGUGAGAGGAUAGGCAUUUGAAGUGCACAUUAAAAUAAUCAAUUGCAUUUUCUGUAAACUAGAUUUAAAGUAAAACGGACCUUCCCCCACCCAACCCUCCUCUAAUUAUAGUUUUAUCACCAUUGGGUAUAAAUUCUUUUUUUUUUUUUUACUAAAAUGUAUCAAAUUUUUUGUCAAUGUUUGUUUAUACAUCUCUUACAAAAAAGCAUAUCAGAAUGUGCAAAUAUAACAUGUUUGGUUUAUGCAAAUUGAAGGAAUUCUAUUGACAUUGAUGUAGUAAAUGUUUUGCAUCACUUUCAUUAGUCGACAUCCAUUGAGACAGAAUUUAACAGAAGUCUUGAGCUUCAAAAGUUCAAAAAGUACCCAGAAAAUUGUCCAUUUGCCCCUAAUUACAAUUCUGAUCACACAAAGGUUAGAAACUGAUAGAAAUCUUACAACUCUUAUUGACUUUGACAGAAGCUGGUCUUGUUUUAGUAUGUGUAAUACAUUUAUUCAUUUAAUAUCAGCCAUAAUAAAAAAAUUAUACUUCACUACUAAAGGCGUGUCCUAUUUUUUUUCUUUAAUGUAAUGGUUAGCAUUACUUGGAUUUUAAAAAAAUGUAUUUCUUCUUUCAAGUUCUGUUGUAUUGUUAAAAAAUAAAGGUAGGCUAUAUAAUUAUUAUCAACGGCUAUUUUGACUAUAACUCCUUUUUACAAAAGGAUGGGCAGAGUAAAAUAUAUAUAGAAAUUCUGUGGAGUUUUAUUAUUAGUUUCUUUGGAAGUUUUGUUUCAAAUUUAAUCCACCAAUCAAUGGUUAAAAUCACUUUCAUUAAGAUAUUGUAUUCACCCCACAUAUUUUUUUAAAACCUUAAUGUACAAAGUAAUUGAGGGCAAGUUUGAUUGUAUAAAGCCUAAUUGUAACAUUCUGUUUUUGCAUUAUUCUAAUGUAUAUUUUUUAAUUUACAAAAAUGGGGGCAUUUUAUAAACAAAUAAAAACUGCCAUUUAGUAUAUUUUAAGCUCCAAAGCCAUUAUUUCCAAUAACUUAUCAAAUAUACUUUUUAAGACAAAUCAGGUUUUUUUUUACUAAGCAGAAUUUGUUGGUUUUUGAAAUUAUGAAUUCCAACUCACUUUGAUGUGUUAUUGCAGUGUACAUCAUUUGUGAUAUUCAGACCAAGUUGAUAAAAAUGCUUUGAUUAGAAACCAAAUAAAACACAACUGUUUGACUGA